ACUUGGUUCUGUGUUUUCCAUUCAUUGUAUGCAGGCACUGAUGGAAGAACCACCUUGUUAAUGAGUAACCGAAUCAUUCGCUAACCCAAUGGUCUCCUUCUAAUGCUCUUUUGUGUCUGUUUUCCAGUGUGACAUCUGGUCGUUGGGGAUAACCGCCAUUGAAAUGGCCGAGGGAGAACCACCUUAUGCUGAGGAAGAACGAGUCAAGGACCUGAUCCUUAACAACAAUUCACCUCAGCUUCGAUCAAACACCUGGUCACCGUGUUUUGUAUCCUUCUUGGAUUCCUGUCUCAAGAAGGAUCCUACAGAGAGAUGGAGUGCUAAAGAACUCCUUCAGCACCCAUUCAUCACUGGCCUGCCGCCUACGAAGACCAUCAGGGCGGAAAUCAAAGAACAUCUUCGGGCUCAGCACAACUGGCCGGAAAAGAAAAGUGAGGGAAUCCUUUAUAUUUGGUAUAACUGCACCAUUGUACAUGGAGAAGCUGCAAGAGUUGGUCUCAUUAUAGUGGCGCUAGAGAUAAUGAACAAUUUAAGGGGUAUUUUUCAACCAAAUAUGACUUUUUAGUAUAAUAUUAACAAUGGGAUUCUAAGACAAGUUACAGUUGGACCUCCAUGUGCAAGUUAUGGCAAACAUUUCUAAGCAGGGAUGGGAUCACUUGGGAAGAGUGUUAAUAGCAGCACUUGUGUGUGAUCCAAUUUUUUCCAAAUAAUGAGAUCAAAAAAAGGGAGUUUUUGUUUUGGUUCGUUCCUUACUGUAAUUUAAUUGAUUUUUACAGGAUUGAGAGCAGCAGCUCGC